GUUCAAUACUAUCAUGUCUGAUGGGCAACUGGAAUUAUUUGGUUUGCUUCGCGGAUAUUCCGCCCUUUCACCCAUGCAGACGCAAUCAUUCCCAACCCAUUUACCUUUCUCUUUAAUCCAUACAUUUCUUCUGGAUUCUGUGUUGUUGAACCCACAUCUCAAGACUUAUCCUCCCUCCAAACAUUACCAGCAAACCUUUUGGAAAUGGGCCACCUUUCUUCUGGAAACGAUGCCCAAAGACGAGGAUGACGAGAUCGACACUCGUAUUUACAACCAUUACCUAUCGUUACUCAUGUCCUCGACUCCUGAGCCAAACAACCCGCUUUCAUUGUGUGGCCCACCAAUCGAAUCAUAUGUAACUCAUUAUUGGAAACUUCCUCAGCUAGAGAAACUCGUUGUUAAUAGGGAGGCAUGCGAUGCAUACCAGACAACGACAUUGCUCGAGUCACAGACUACUAUUGAGGGUGGUACUACUGGUCUUCGGACCUGGCGAGCGAGUCUUGUUCUCUCGCAAUACUUGAUAUCUUGCCCCACGCUGGUUAAGAACAAGGUCGUCCUGGAGCUAGGAUGCGGCACUGGUUUUUUGGGCAUCAUCG